GUUUCAAUGGAAUUUAUUGAAAAAAGUUAAAUGGAUCGAUAAUUAAAUGUGGUCAAAAAAAACAUUUAUAAAUAAAAUAUAAAAAUUUUGUAAAAAUUUUAUUUAGUCAAUGGAAGGUGUUCCAAAUCAAAAUGAAGCUAUUGCUAUUACAAAAAUGGGGAAUGAAAAGGCAAUUAAUGAACCGCCAGCAAGUGGACAGAAAAGUUUAUUGCCAAAUGUUAUGAUAAUAGCUAUCAUUGGAGGGGGUGUUUUAAUUUUUGUUAUAUUAUUUUUGUUUGCAAAAAGGCAAAUUAUGAGAUUUACAUUGAGAUCAAGACGUGGUCCUCAUGCACCUGUAGGAAAUGAUGCAAAUAAGAGUAUUCGUCGAGAAAUUGAACGUAGACUUGAUUGUAUUCAAAAAAUUGCUUAUGAACCAAAACUUUUAUGGGAUGAUGAUAUUUAUGAUACAUCACAGACUGAUAAGCCAUUGCCACCAUAUUAUUAUCGAAUGAGAGCUGUAGAUGAUGUUAAAAUUCUUGAAAAAGAAAUAAUUAAAAAUGACGGAACUAUAAGACAUCCAAGAGAUAGCUUAAGAGCCUAUUUACUAACAACUUUAGCACCGCCAUUAAAUGGAGCCGGACAAAGGAUGAUUCAUCAAUUUAUGGAUAUGUAUGAACAUGCAAGGCACGACCCGAAUGAGUUUGGUAGUGAAGAAUAUGACGCAUACCAUAGACUGUUAAUGAAGUUAAUUGAUGCGGCAAAAAUGUUGAAAUCAUUUUCAAACAGCCGCAAAGCAUCUCCAUCAAGAACCCCAUUAAAAAAGCAACCUCCUAAAACUUUAUUAGAUCCUUCGAGACUAAGGCCACCACCUUUACAUAUUGGUAUUAGAACAUCAUCAAAUCCAUCAAUUCUCGGUGUGAAUACAAAAUUUUUAGAUCAAAGCGUGCUCGCCAAAAAUCGUAAUAUUCAGAAUUCAUCAAAUACAGUAAAUGAUGAUGACAACAAAAGUUGUGCUGACAGUGAAGAUAGUAAUGAUAUCAGAAUGAUUGAUGAUAUUACUAAUAACGAAAUAAAUUCAUCACAAAGAAUUGCAAAUGAAAUAAAUGAAGUAAAAAUUGAAGAUGUCGGUGAAGAUGUGGACGAAGAUACUGGUUCUUUACCAAGAAUAUCACGAUGUUCAGGAGGUGGUAUACGAAUUUGAAUAGAAAAAUGUUGAAAUUUAGAAAUUUUUAUUAGAUUAAUUAAUUUAUUAUAAUUAAAAGCAGUAUUGUAAAAAAUAUAUAUGAGUAUAAAUAAGGAUUUGUACUCUAACAAAAUCAUCAUUUCAUUAAAUUUUUUAUGAAAAUAUACUCAGUUAGAUAUAUUUUAAGGAAAUUUUUAUUAUAAUUUAUGUUAUAAAUUUAAUGUGCACAUCUUUUAUAAUACAAAGAAUAAAAUUGUGCUUAAUAA